GAAGUUCACCACUAAUAUGUGCAAAGAAAGCAUAGCUAUGUGGAGAAAAACAAUUCUCCAAAUUGCAAUGAAACCCAUUAUCUGGACCUGCCUCACUGUGAACAGACUGAUCUUAAUUAGCUGAGGUGCUGGGGGAAGAAAAGCCACUGAUGUGACAUCAGCUGGCUGACCAGGAUGAGAGCCCAGAAGCUUUGUUUGGAGGAGAGCUGUCAAGAACUGCAUUCAUACCCUGAGUUCUGUCACAUUAAAGAAGACCGAUCUUUGAGAAGUGUCUGUGGGAACUGUGUUUGCUAAUCACCUCUAAGAGGAAGGAAAGUGGUGCAGAACCAACAGUUCUUCUUCAUAAGGAAUAUAUGAAUGACAUUUAAAAGUAAUUCCAUAGUAAAAACCAAGCAACCAAAAACCCCACAUAUAAAAGGUGGACUAUUGACAAGAAGGGAGGAAGCAUUCACUUCUCUUUAAAUGAUGCGUUCAACACUGAGACUGUAAUUAGCACAAUUUGUUACCUUGAAAUAAACUUCUGUAAAACUAUAGAGCUGCACAGAAGUGCAAAGUAAUUGCUGUUUUGCUGUUCUCCCUUUUGUAAACGUUUUAAGGUCAUUUAUGGAUCACAGUCUUUUCUUAACAGUUUUUACUGAAAAGAAAUUUGUUGGUUUUGUUUCGUUGUUGUUGUGAGGCUUCUUUAUGGUGCUAUUUUGCCCACAGUAUUUGAUGUAAAGUGUGUCUAAAUUAAACUUUCUGCUUUGAUUAUAAGUAAUUUUUUUUUGCGUGGUUAGAAUCUUCCAUGGAAGGCAUACUUUAAAGAAUGAUGAAAAGAUUAUUUAUUUCAAUUUGCUUGUGAAAAUACUGUUCUACUUGUGUGAGUAAGACUGGUGGCAGCUUGGUUUAGGGUAGAAAGGAAAUGAUGCUGGCAAAACUUGUACAAAAGCCUUACCUUCCUGACAGCUGCUUUGUACAGAAGACUCAUCCUCAAAAUACUGCCUGUGUUCACCUUUGCCAUCUGGCAGGAAGAAGAGUCUUAGAGAGGACUUGCUGGGAGCUUGUCGUGUAAUAAGUUAAUGGUAAGAAACUCACUAGAAUUUGGUAAAUUCAUGCUCAUUUACAGGUAGUAAAAAGAACUAAAACACAAUGAUUGAAAAGGAAAGACUUGCUAAUGGUGUUGUCCGAAGCUUCUGCUCUUGUUGACAUCACUGCUGGUUUACCUGCAGUAGGUAAGGCCCUAGACAUAAAAGCCUGACUUGCUGCCUUUGAGCAAAGGUAUGAGAAGUUCAGUAACAUUUCUCUUGAUACAGUUAGGCACCCUGGGUGGGACACGGACCCAGAAUUGCUGGUAUAGGAAGCCAAUGCCUUAUCCAUUCAGUAGUGCUCCUAUGAAGCCUAUAGUGGGCAUAUGAUGGAAGAAUCCAAACGAGCUGCAGCCUUCUCAGCUGUAAUCACCUCUGAGCUCUACAGAUGUGAUUUUUGGUUGUACUGUAGACUGGCCAGGACCUGAUACAAAAGGUAGGAGAGAAAAUAAUUUGUGCAGCUCUAAGGAAGGAUGCACGUUGUAAAAGUCUGAAAACUAUUGAGGCUCUAGAAUGUGCAAGCCCUUGGAUGCUUUUCUUUGGUCAGAUAAUGAUCCUAGUGUUUGUGUAACUUGCUCCUUCCCUGCAGGAAGUAAAGGCAGCUUCAGGCUGAACUGGAGCUUUCUUCUGUCCAUGUGGCAGCUGUGCCUUCUCUCUGGUAGAGAUCUCAAUGUACUUAUAUUUGGUCUAGGAUGUGGUUAAACACGAAGCCUGAGAGCAAUUGUGUGGACAAGCAGCACUGUGAGUUACUCCUCCUCACUUUUCCUAUCUAGGAAAAUGAGUUACUUGUUUGUCAUCUCUUGGAAACCAAGAAAGAUGCCCACUGUGUUAUAAAGGAGCUUGCACCUUUCAGUGCACCCCUCCUCACACCAAACAGUUGGAAUUGCUGUGUGCCUGUUUCUAUGGUUGGGAAUAAUCAGCAGAAACCUCAUGUAGGUCUUCAGUGAAUGGAAGCGUUGGACAUAUGAUGUGUUGAAGCAGUACAUCCAGCCCCACCUGUAAGCUGGUUAGCUAUUGCUUCCGUUGUGUUACCCUGUGUGUUUCUACAAACAGAACAACAAGAAGCACUUUGAGAUGUCUGUAACCUGUCUCUGAGACUGUAGCUGUCCCUGUUCUUGGCCAGCACUGGAUCUCCACCAGCUACACCCAGUGCCUGUUGCCAUAUGUAGACUUUUGGAGGGCUCAGAUCCAGCAGUGGGAAGAGCUUGCUAAGAGGAAGUGAGCUCUGUGGAUCAAAACUAACUCUGACUGGGGCUGCUCCUUACUGACCUGUAUGCAACUAGGUAAAGGCUUCCUUGUGAGGGAGUCUGCAGGGAAGUCCUCAGGGGGCUAGGGUACCUAUUAUCAACCACAGGAAUGUAGAAAACACUUAUCAUUCUUAUUGCUUUUCAGGUUUAAUUUCUAUAAUGCAAUCACAAAGCUUUCUUGUCCUGUACUGACUCUCUUUUUUUUCCCCCUCCCCUUUGUAAAACAUAUGAGCUACUUGCUACCUACAUUACUGUUUCAGCCCACCCGUAUUAGAACAGAUCACUAAUGUAUUUUAGAAAUCAAUUUGUCUUCACCACCUGGUUGGCUUGUUUUUGUUUUCUUUUUUGUUUUGUUUUUUUCCCUUGCUUUUCUCUUGAAAGAAAGCUAAGAGCCAGUUAUUGGAGCUCCUCAUUGGCUCUCUCUUCUGUGAAGGUUGACCUUAACAGGAAAUCUGGCACGCAUUGGCUCCUAAUUCUGUGCGUUAAUACAGAAAUUCUGUUCUGUUCUGAAUCCCACUGCUGACUGAUGGGUGGUGCCACCCGGCUGUUAAGGGGUAAUGCGCUGUAAUGGAAGCAGGACCUGAGCAUAGGGUUUUGCAAAGGGCCCUGAAAGCGGGCUCUUAGCUCUGGCUGCAUUAUAUGUGAUGAGCUUCUCGUUCCCAGGGAACAAGUCUUUAAAAGGAGAGGAGCAGAAAGGAAGGCAGUGAACAGACAGACCUGGAAGCAAAGGGCAGGAGGGAACAGAAGAGAGCUUCCCAAGCCAUCUGCAAGGUGAGCAUUCAGUAAGGGGGGAACAGUGUGGGGUAAGACUUCAGGCUCUUAUAUUGGGCUCUUUUCUUAUUUUGUUCAGAAGGGGAAACUGCUGUGGUAGAGGUGGUGUGUCAUGUUAACGUGGGGCUCCACCUAUGUCUAGAACUGUAGUAUUUAUGCUGUACUUGAUACCGGGAUGUCUGAGAAAUUCUGUCAUUCUGUGACUUUUUGUCAGCGCUCCAGCAGCCACAUGCAUGGCCCUGUGCACCUGGGCCACGUGCCUGCAUGUGGUGAAUCACAUAGGUCCCAGUGCUGCCCACAGACCCAAUGGCACCUACACUGGCUCUUAGUUUGUCCUUCGUGGUAAAGCUGUGGGCCAGCUCCUGCAUGCCGGGAUGAUGCGAGCCUUAUGCUUUCUGCAUCACCUUGUUGGGUAUGGGAUUGUGCUGUUCAUUGGUUCUUAUACAGCUGCUAUAAACCCAUCUACGUUUGAUGCUGGAGGGAAGCGGGCUGUACGCCUCUUGGUGCUGUCCCCAGCUGCUCGUGGAAGUCAGCGCUGCUUCGUUUGGGUUUUGCUGCCGUGUUUCCCACAGCGUGAGAGCUGUCUCAGCCGCCGCUGGGCGCCGGAUCUGCCCCAAUUAAGAAAAAGAUCUCCUGUUUGGCUGCAGAAGAGAUGACCCGGAGAAUCAAAUCCUGCAGUGUGCUAACCUGUGCCACUCUGGGAAAUGUGGGAUAUCCCCUCACAUGUGGUGCAGCGCCAGUGAGGAUACAGCUGCCCUGAGGUCAGCCUGCUUCUGCUGUGAGGACACAGGAGUGAAAUGGAGGUGUGAAAUACCCACACUCUGGAUGGACUCUGGAGUGAGGAGUGCUCUGCGAUGCAGGGUCUGUAAUCCAGGAUGAAUGAAUGCUACUAUGAUAAGCACAUGGACUUCUUUUAUAAUAAGACAAACACUCACACAGCAGAUGAGUGGACAGGGCCACCGCUUAUUGGUGUUCUGUGUUUUGGGACAUUUUUCUGCCUCUUCAUUUUCAUUUCGAAUUCAUUGGUCAUAGCAGCCGUGGUCAAGAACAAGAGGUUUCAUUUCCCAUUUUACUAUCUGUUGGCCAAUUUAGCUGCUGCGGACUUUUUUGCUGGGAUUGCUUAUGUCUUCUUGAUGUUCCACACUGGCCCGGUGUCUAAGACAUUGACUGUUAACCGCUGGUUUCUGCGUCAGGGUCUUCUGGACACGAGCCUGACGGCUUCCCUGGUGAAUCUCCUCGUCAUAGCGGUUGAGCGGCACAUGUCGAUCAUGCGGAUGAAGAUCCACAGUAAUCUUACGAAGAAGAGAGUCACCUUCUUAAUUAUAUCUAUUUGGGCCAUUGCCAUUUUUAUGGGUGCUGUUCCUACCUUGGGUUGGAACUGCCUCUGUGACAUUUCCGCCUGCUCUUCCCUGGCGCCCAUUUACAGCAGAAGUUACUUGGUGUUCUGGAGUGUCCUAAACCUUGUUGUUUUCUUCAUUAUGGUGGUGGUUUACAUAAGAAUCUACAUGUAUGUCCAGCGGAAAACUAAUGUCUUAUCAUCACACACUAGUGGAUCUAUAAGCCGUAGGAGGACCCCUGUGAAGCUUAUGAAGACCGUCAUGACUCUGUUAGGUGCAUUUGUUGUCUGCUGGACUCCUGGCCUGGUUGUCUUGCUGCUCGACGGCCUGAACUGCACCAACUGUGGGAUUCAGAAUGUGAAAAGAUGGUUUCUUCUCCUGGCCCUGCUGAACUCUGUUAUGAAUCCAGUAAUUUAUUCCUACAAAGAUGAUGAGAUGUGGGGUACCAUGAAGAGAAUGCUUUGCUGCUCUUCUGACGAUAGGAACCAGGAGAGACGCUCAUCACGGAUUCCCUCAACUGUGCUUGGCAGGAGCACGGACACCACAGGGCAGUACAUUGAAGAUAGCAUUAUUCAAGGGACAAUUUGUGGAAAAGGAGAUCUUGGUGAAAAGGGCAACUCCUGAGUGAUUCAAGGGACUGACUUGGCUGAGAAUUGGAGGGGGAAGGGAGAAGUUUUGUAAGAGCAGAUUGACUGGCAAAGCUAGUAAACAAUAUAUCCACUUUGUUCCAGAGCCUCAACUCCAGUGUUAACAAAAGUUCUUAUAAAUAAUUGCCUGAUGGAAAAACAUUUUGUAACGAAGAAAACUUUCUGUGCUGUAGUCUUUCUCUUUUUUUUUUUUUAAUUUUCCUUUUUCUUUUCAGAUACCUGAAAUUAGUUUUUUUUUUUUUGACUGGAGUAAGUGCAUCUGAGAAACUUUUUUUGUGCAUGGAAACAAAAUGUAAACAACAGAGUGAGACCCUCCAGUGCAUGGCAUUCAUGCUUUGAGAGUUUUCUUGAGAAGGGCUGUAGGCUGGGCUGGACAGAAUUUGUGGCCUGUUUGCUUUCUCUGUUUACAAAGUUCAUGAAAUAGUUCAUACUUACCUUCUCUCUUUCUCCUCUUACUUUCAAGAUAGGUAGUUUGACGGUUUAUUAAAGCUGUGCCAGAAACCCAGCUGUGAUGGGAAGGCCAAAUACCUGUGUGUGUGUAUAUCCAAGUCACCUAUAAAUCAUCAGGAUGUGACAUUACAAAAAGCACAAGAGCGAUUACUGCUCCCACACAGGCAUGAGUGCUGCAAGGAGACGUGCUGCACGCUUUGCUGCUGUCACGUAGGCGUCUGUGGAGGGUGGACAAAGAGCAAAGCAGCAUGGCUGGGUUCAUUAUGCUUGCUUCUUACUACCAGAGAAUAUCAGAUGGGUGGCUCACCCCCCUUUGUAACUGCUGUGCAACUGAGGGAAAUGAUACCUGAAACCCUGUUGUAAGAGGGCAAACUUCUAAGGGGUGUCUAACUAACGUAUGUUAUACAUAGGCUUAAUUAAGUUAUUUAAAAUAGAAAUUAAAGAAGAAAAAAAUCCCAAAGACAACACAACCCUUGCAAGAUUACAAAAUGAUCCAGACAGGGACAGGCAAUCAAUUCAUAUUUAACCUCUGAUUUACAAGCAGUUCUUACUGGACGAUGCUUGAGGGAUGAAGAGGCCAUAAGAAAAUGAGCGAUGAAGGGCUUUCAGCAUUGUGACUGAUUGUGUCCAGUGUGGAUGCAGACACAGCCCAAAAUGUUUUGACUUAGGGACCAUGCUCUAAUAGGAAUCCAGCAAUUUAAAGCUCAAGGGUAAUGCUUUUAAAUCAUAAACUUUUAGCUCAAUAAUUGGAACAUGAAUUUCUCGGUGCUGUGAUAUAACAAGAGCUACCUGUGUUGUCUUAGAGAAAACAUGAUCGUUGGUCAACCACUUCAUUUUGGGAAGUUUUGACCGCCUGAAGUUGCUGGACAACAACAUCAAGAGCACGUUGUAUGAGUCCAAAAGAUAAUCAGUGGUUUGGUUUGGGCAAACUCUUUUGACACAACUUGCAUGCAGGUAUCUGGAUUGUGCUGGCCAAAGCAGAACCAGUGCCUGGCUUAAAGGUCAAGUUGCAGUUUUGUAGAAGGCACUGGGGGAUUUCUCAGCAGGCCUCGGCUUACAAACAUAGCAAGCCCUUGUUCAGAGAGCUCCCCCGUAACACAAGUUAGCUGGAAGGUAUAUGGCCUAACAUUUCAAGGUAAAUGCUGUAUUUAUGAGUAAUGCUGCAAAGGUUUACGUGUGUGUUUGUUUGUUUUUGCCAUUAUAAUGCAAUGUUCUCGUGCAAUUACUACUUCAUUAGUUUGGUGUUCUGCAAAGUAUGUAAAAUUGUGCUUUCUAGAGCCAGUGACAUUGCAAAGGCAUAUCAUGAAAAUGUUUGUCUCUAGAGCUACUUGCAGCGCACAGUUUGUGCUAGCUAGGCUGAAACUCAGUAUACAAAGCUAAAGGAAAAUAAAAUGCUACUUAAAAGUAAA